AUGGAAGGUCUCUACUUCAACAUCAAUGGCGGGUACAUGGAGGGAAUCGUUCGUGGCUACAGAAAUGCUCUUCUUACAUCGCAAAACUACAGCAGCUUGACCCAAUGCGAGACGAUCGAUGAUGUUAAGAUGCAGCUGGGUCCCUCAUACGGCGAGACGCUUUCCAAUCUAGCUCCUAACCCUUCGACCUCUGCUCUCGCAUCUAAAACUACGGAGAAGCUGGUCGCAGAUUUCAGAUACCUACAAGGACAGUGCACGGGUUCAUUGUCGAAGUUUAUGGAAUAUCUCACCUACUCGUACAUGAUCGACAACGUCGCCCUACUGAUCACUGGAACCCUACAUGAGCGAGACACCAAAGAGCUGCUGGAGCGAUGCCAUCCAUUGGGUUGGUUUGAGACCAUGCCAGUGCUUUGCGUCGCCACCAACAUCGAGGAGCUGUACAACUCCGUGCUCAUCGAGACUCCUCUUGCGCCAUACUUCAAGGGCAGCUUGAGCCACCAGGACCUUGAUGAGCUCAACAUUGAAAUCGUCCGCAAUACCCUCUACAAGAACUACCUUGAAGACUUCUACCACUUUGUCAACAACGACCCCGAGAUGGCCUACACACCGACUGGCGAAGUCAUGUCCGAGAUCCUUGAAUUUGAAGCCGACCGCCGAGCCAUCAAUAUCACGAUCAACUCGUUUGGCACCGAACUGAGCAAAGACCAGCGGAAAAAACUUUACCCAGAGUUUGGUAAACUAUAUCCCGAGGGCAUGCUCAUGCUGUCCAGAGCCGAGGAUCUCGAAGGUGUGUCGUUAGCUGUCAGUGGCGUCGGCGACUACAAGCGAUUCUUCGAUGAAGUUGGCCUAAAUCAAGGCGGCUCUAUGGGCGCCGGCAACCUGCAAGGUGGCUCCGGAGCAGAUCAGAAAACGCUUGAAGAUCUGUUCUACUUGAAGGAGGCCGAGCUUUCCAAGAUGGUCUUCACCAGACAAUUUACCCAUGCUGUCAUAUACGCGUGGGUGAAACUGAGGGAGCAGGAGAUUCGGAACAUCACAUGGAUCUCCGAGUGCAUCGCACAAAACCAGAAAGACAGGAUAGGCAACUACAUAAGCGUUUUCUGA